GUAACUUUUUUGUUUGUCCUGCUUUUCCUUUUGGCAAGAGGCUCUUAAUAAAUUCUCUGCAGGUUCAAAAGUAAAAUUAACAAGUUUCGUGAAUUAUGAGAUAAAAUUGAUCAAAAAGAGUAAUUUAAGGUAAAAUCGUAAGAACUAUGUAAUUAAAGGUUUUUGACUUUUUUCUUUGUAAGUUUCAGUUAAUGAAAAAAAAAGAGUAAAACCAUAAUCCAUAAAACCUCAAAAACAUUGGGGAAUAUCCAGAUCGCUUGCUUUAUUUUCCAACAGUUGGACUGUUUGAGGCAGAAAGGGAGAAAGUAAUGGCGAAGAGCGAAACCGUAAGAAACGCAGAGAGAUUGGUGGAAGUGAUGAUGAAAGGGAACGAUGCAUCCCACGACGCUGCUCACGCUUUUCGAGUCCGGGACCUCGCUCUCUCACUUGCUCACGAAGAAGCCCUCGGCCUCUCUUCUUCACCAAUCUCCCUUGAAAUUGUUGAGCUAGCUGCACUCCUUCAUGAUAUAGGAGACUACAAAUACUUGAAGAAUCCAUCUGAGGAAAAAAUUGUAGAGGAUUUUCUUGUAAAAGAGGGUAUAGAUAUCGAUAAAAGCAGCAAGAUUUUAGAUAUUAUAAAGCAAAUGGGUUUUAAAGAGGAAAUAAAUGGAGCCUCAAAUGGUUCUCAAUCUCUUACACUGGAACUUGGUGUUGUGCAAGAUGCUGAUCGUCUUGAUGCAAUUGGUGCUAUUGGGAUUGCUCGAUGUUUUACAUUUGGUGGAAGUAGAAACAGAGUGCUUCAUGAUCCAAACAUUCAUCCUCGAUUGGAUUUGUCCAAACACCAAUACAUGAACAAAGAUGAACAAACCACUGUGAAUCACUUUCACGAAAAGCUCCUUAAGCUCAAGGAUUUAAUGAAAACAAAGGCAGGAAAGAGAAGGGCUGAGAAAAGACACAAAUUCAUGGAAGAAUUCCUUACAGAAUUCUAUAAAGAAUGGACAGGAAAAGCUUGAAAUAAAAUAAAAGAAACCAUUUUUUUUUUUCUUGAAACAAUAUAAAAACCAAAAUCUUUUAUUUAUAUGUAAGUUACAAUAACAUGCAUCCCCAUCUAUCCCUGCCCAUCAACUUAUAAAAUCCAUAAAUAUUUGACACAAAAAAGAACAUAUGGAAAGAAUAAAGUUAAAAAAAGACACCACACAUGUUUCACUACAAAACCUUAAACAUUUAGUAUUUAUGAUACAUUUGGAGUUCAGAUUCACUACGCUUGCAAAGCUUAACCUUCAACCCAUGCUGCAUGUACAUAGUCAAUGCAAGCUUUGGAGCCACCGGAUGAUUCUCCACCACCACCACCUUAUACCGGUAUAAAAUAGAGGCGGCAACAAAUUUCAUCUGGUAGUAAGCAAAGUCUUUGCCCAAGCACAGCCUUGGGCCGCCAUUGAAGGCGGUGAACUUGUAGGCUGAUUCACUCAUGAACCGCCCAUCCCUCAGCCACCUCUCUGGCCUGAAAUCUCUGCAGUCUUUUCCCCAUAUCGCUUCCAUUCUUCCCAUUGCAUAGAUUGCAUACACCACUUUUGUUCCUUUCUUCAACACUGUUCCAUCUGGGAACACGUCAUCUUCAACAACCUCCUUAUGAUCCACGGGUACCGAAGGGUAUAAUCUCAAGGCCUCCGAUAAAGUAGCAUGCAGAUAAUCCAUCUUCUUCACCUCUUCUGGUCUAAAUAUCAAAUCCCCCAUUUCACUCUUAUCUUUCCUUUCAUCCACAAUCCCACAUAUCUCACCCAAAAUCUUCUCCUCCACUGUUGGAUUCUGGUCAAGAAGCCAGAAAAACCAACUCAAAGCCACCGAAGAAGUGUCCCUUCCCGCAAGUAUAAAAUUCACACAAAUAUCACGUAAAAACUUAUCAGAAAAAGGCUGCCCCUCAUCGUCUUUAAGCCCCAUAAAAAUCGUCAAAAGAUCCGACCUUUGUUUCUUGUCAUCAGCCUGCAGCAAAGAGAUUUCUUUCUUCCGAGUUCUAAUCACUUCAUCUGCAAAACUAUCCACCCCCUUUAUCGAAUCCUUCAGUCUCUUUUCAGAUCCCAAGUUAAAAUGCCUCAUAAUCUUCCACACAAGGGUAGGAGUGACAAACCUUAGAAUAGUUGCUUCCGUUGCAGCCUCGAACGCUUGGGCGAAGGGUAUUUCCGGAAGUCCGGGACUUAAACAACCCGGAUCGACCCCAAAAGCGAUCAUGCAAACGUUAUCGAACGUUAAUCUUAAAAGAAUAUCCUGUAGAUCGAUCUGAUCAGACUCGGAUCGAUCUACAGACUUGUUCAAGACAGGCAAAAGUCGUCUGUGAACGAGCUCCAACAACGACUCUGUCGUCAUGUUUCGAAACUUGGACGAGUGAAACUCGAUGCUCGCGGUCUUCCUUUGCCUCUGCCAAAUCUCGUCAUCGGCAUUGAAGAUUCCAUUCCCGAGAAGAUCCCGGAGCGCGUUCCGGAAAUACGGGCCUUUCGGAUACGCUUGAAACCUUGUUUUGAGAAGGUGCUCGAGGUUACGGGGGUCGGAAGUGACUAUACAGUUGAGAUUUGUAAACCACGGACCCCGGAAUGUGAAAGUCCCGUUUUGUCUACAAAGGACUUGUGAAAUCCAUUCGUACAUAUCAACACGAAGACCGAGUACCAAAGAAGGUAACAUCCCAAGAAACGGCCAUACGGGUAGGCCGUGUUUCUUUCGUUGGCGGAGAGAAUGUAUGACCAUGAAGACCAGAAGGGCGGCAAGAAGCUCGAUGACUUGAAUCUCCGGGAAGAAGUGGCGGCUGGUGGCCGGAGAAGAGGUGGUCAUGGUGGUGGUGGUGGUGGUGUUGAGCAUGUUGAAGAUGUGGUUAGGAGGGAGGGGAGUCAUGUUUUAUAUGAGGG